AAGCUUUUCGUCCCUUCAUUGUGCAGAGAAGUACGAAGUAUGAAACUGAUUUACAUAACAACACUCUUACUUGUUGUAAUGGUGGGGCUCCGCUUGGUGGAUUCACACCACGAUCAUGACCACGACCACGGUCAAGGCCACAACCAUGACCACGACCAUGGUCAAGGCCACAACCACGGUCAAGGCCACAUUCACGAUCACGAUCACGGUCAAGGCCACAACCAUGGCCAAGGCCAUGACCACGGCCAAGGGCACGACCACGACCAUACAAAUCCAUAGACACCUUGGUCAAGGAUAUUGCACUGCCUGACCUAGAUGUAAACAACGGAGAAAUUCGAACUAUGAAUAAUUAUUUCUCUCC